UCAAAAGGGCCUGGACCAGAACGAGGGAGGGGAUAUUUUUCAAAAGUAGCUGAAUUGAGAUGGGGAGUUUACGAGUGGCACGUUAAUGCACCACUGUAGCUUUUACUUUCGACGCUUUGUAGGAUUUGCACUCGUCAGGUAAAAGAAAACAGGUCGGGGAGGAACAGAAACGUAGCCGGAUCGGUUUUGUGUUCUAUUUACGCUGUGAAAGUGCUGUUAAGUUGGGGGAAGCCAUGUUGAGGUUCUUCAUAUUCGGCGUCCUAAUCGCGUCCACAGGAAAGCCUGUGAACGGCACGUGUAAUGUUGAGAUGAGCCCUCCAAAAGUUAUGGUGAAAUUUGGAGACUCCUUCACAGCCAACUGCACCUCACUGUACAGUGAGAUUGCAGGAAUUGGCUGGGAGUCCACAUAUGGAGGAAUAGGCCUUCAGAGUGGGAUUUCGACUCUCCCCUUCAAAAUUGACGUUGUGAAAGACUGGGACAUACAACCGAUCUGUUACGUCACUCUGCCUGAUGGUGAUCAGUGUUUAGAACCUCUGCCAGUCACUGUUUACCAAAUUCCAGAGAGUGUGUCUAUAGCUCAGCCCCUCAGUGCUGGUCCCAUGGUGGAGGGCAAACAGUAUCACAUACAGUGCAACAUUGUUAACGUUGCACCUGCAAGCCUCCUCUCCGUGUACUGGCACAAAGGCGAUAAGAUAAUCUCUCAUGAGACUUUUAAAGAAUCCGCUCAGUCUCCAGUCAGUAAGUCAUCCAUCCUCAAUCUGACUGCUCAAAGGGAUGAUGAUGGCAGUCAGAUCUGGUGUGAAGCAAAGCUAAACUUGGGGCCAGGGGAGUUAAAUCAUCCUGCAAUGCAAUCAAAGUCACAUGAAAUGGCUGUACUCUACCCUCCAGGCUUCAUCAAUCCUGAAAUGGAGACGGUGGAACUCCCAGAUCGUAAAAACGUAACAUUAUAUUGCAACGCCACAGGAAACCCGGUGCCAGUCUACAGCUGGGAUGUCCCACAAGCCGUACAAGAGACGAGCAAGAAAGAGGAUAUGAACAAACCCUUUUUGAUCCCGUUCUUUCAGCUUCCAGGGAACUAUAGCUGUAAAGCGUCCAACAGUCAGGGCACCCGCAUCAAAUAUUUCACCGUCAUCGAGGCUCCAAGGGAUCGCACAACCCUCGCAGCCAUAAUUGGAGUAUUUGUGGCCCUUGGAGUCCUGCUCUUCAUUGGCGGUGCACUUUUUGUGACGCGCGAUGGAACAUUUUCUUGCAACCAAAGCAAAUACCUCAGAGGACAACCUUCAGGAGCUGUAUGAGGCUGACUUUUUGUUUUUAAAUUAAAUUUUGCAUGCCAGUAUGAUGCAAAUGUUGUGCUUGAAGGCAAAUAUCAGGCCCAUGUCUCUUAACCGCUGAGGGGCAUUGUCUAUUCUGCUCAUGCAGCUGGUGUGCUCUUGCUCAUGCUUGGCCAUGGUACCUUUAAAAAAUGCAUAAUCUCAUCAGCUGCUGUAUUUAAAGCUCCACUAAUCAAUACUGUUGUUUGAACAAGCUGUAAAUGUACUGUCCAGUGUGUUUAAAUGCACCAUAGUAGCUUUGUUAAUGUAAAUCUGCAUAUAAAUGCCGCCGUGAGUGUGAGUAAUCCCAUUUCUCCCCUACCACAACCUUUCAUUGGAAGCAUGACUCAGUCAUUUUAAAUACAGGAGUGAUGCACUUCCCGAGCUUUUUCCGGACAGCUUUUUCCCACAGCUACUUUCUGUUUCAGUUUUACUCUGACUUUGGCUCGAGUCACUUGGCUUAUGCAUCCUGGGUAUGCGGAGUAACCUCUUAUUUCAUGGUACCGGUGCUAUCCCGUCCAAAAUCUUUGUCCGGAUCAUUCGCUCACAUCCAAAGCUGACUGAGCUGGUCACUUAAGCGCAUUUAAACACACUGAAAGAACCAAAUUGGUGUUGAACCCAGGGGCAUUAACACCUACCUCUGAGUGCUUCUUCUCGCUCAUUGUUUUGAUUUUGUGGCUUUCACAUUUACUGUAUGGUUUGAUUUGAGCUGCUCUGAGCAUGUUCGCAGUCAAAAAGCUCUGAUAAACUCACUGUGUGCUACCUGUGGAAUGUAUUUACACUACCGUAAAAGUCUGGGGUCACUGAGAAUUGUCCAUAUUUUUUAAAGAAAAUAAUUUUUUUUCAAUGAAGAUAACAUUAAAUGAAUCAGAAAUACAGUCUAGACAUUGUUAAUGUAGUAAAUGACUAUUCUAGCUGGAAACGGCUGAUUUUUAAUGGAAUAUCUACAUAGAGGAACUUUUCCAGCAACCAUCACUCCUGUGUUCUAAUGCUACAUUGUGUUAGCUAAUGGUGUUGAAAGGCUCAUUGAUGAUUAGAAAACCCUUGUGCAAUUAUGUUACCAUAUGAAUAAGUGUGAAUGUUCAUGGAAAAUAUGUCUGAGUGAUCCCAAACUUUUGAAAGGUUGUGUACACAUCUUGGACGCAUUAGCAGCGAUACAUUUCUAAGGCCCUAAUUGAUUGAGCUUUAACGCCCAUGUCGCCAUACAGUUAUUUCCUUGAGUGUAAAUUUUUAACAGCCAACAGCUGGAAUAGCUUUUAUUUUUUGAUAAAUUAAUGGUAGCACGAGUACCUUGUGUAUUUAACAGUAAAAUCACCAGUCAGGUUGUCCUUGGUACAUUUAAUUUAUUUAUUUACCAAAAAAAAACAGCUUUUGCACAAUGGACUAGAUUAUUGUUGUUAUAAUCUUUAUUAUUAUUAUUAUUAUUAUUAUUUUGGCCAUUUUGUGCCUUCAUUAGACAUUCAACAAUGCACAGAGACAAGAAAUAGGAGGGAAAAAAGCACAGUAAUGACACUAAAUGGUAAAUGCUACAAGGUCCAAAGACCCAAAGCAGUGACUCACUGCUCAAGCGAAAUGGAAUUGCUCAUUAUCAUGUUUUCAUUCAUUUUGUUUGUCUUUAUUAUGAACACUAACAACACACCCAAGUACGGCUACACUACUUACUUACAUGGCAUGUAAUGUUGAUAAUGAGUUUAUUUUUUUAAUUCUUUACUUAAAAAAAAAAAUUCCUCAUUUCAUAUUCUGUAAAAUUAUUUUGCAAUUUGAUGUUUUUUUGAUGCACUGGUACCUUGAAUGUUGAAUUAUUUUUGCACUGAACAGACUGGCUAUUGUCAUUUCUACUUUGUAAUGUGCGACAACAGUUUGUUGCUUUAUUGAGUCUACCUGAAUUAAAUGACAAUAAAAACCAGUCUAAUGUA